GAGCACAAUUUGUUAUACUCACAUCACAUGAUAUAAUAAAUAGAUAUAACUCUCGAAUUCGUUUUUCUUCUUCUUCAUUGGGCGAGACACUUCAUUAAUUACAAGCGGGAAAGUCUUCUCUGUUUUUAUCCGUUUCGUACCCAGAGGAUAAUGGCUCGUUACCACAGGAGAUCCCUGAUCUUGUUCUUAAUUCUUGCUCUGCUCGCAUUAACCACAUCACCGAGCCAAGGCUUUCUAGGUACCGAGAAUAAGAUAAAAUCUGCAGUCUUUCUCUCACCAAAACUGGUGACGAGUCCUGGAUCAGUUUCAAAUUCUUACUUCUUCGACAUGGAUUUCCCAAGAGGGCAUAUCGGCCUCAAAGGUUUCGAUGCUGAGUUAGUUGACGAAGCGGGCAAACCCGUCCCUUUACACGAGACAUAUCUCCACCAUUGGAAUGUCUAUCCUUACUAUGCGCGUAAAGGUUCUUCUAAGCUUCCACGUCAAGAAAUGUUUAAGAAUCACGGGUUUUCAAGGAAAGAUCCCGAAACCAGUCUUGAUUCGACAUCGGAUAUUAUUAUAGCUAAAAACGGAGGGUUGUGCAUGAGUACACUCAUAUACUACUUUGGGUCAGCAUCUGAAACCCGCCAUACCUCCUCGUAUAUUCCUGAUCCUUACGCGAUUGAAAUCGACAAUCCUGAGGAAAGACCUGAUGGCUAUGAAUUUAAAUGGCAUCUUAACGUUCACGCAAUAGACACCAGAGGUGUGGAAGACAAGAGAGGUUGCUUAGAAUGUCUGUGUGAUCUCUAUAAUGUAACAGUCGAUGAGUACGGUCGUGCUUUAAGACCCGGAUACAAAGGAGGUUUAGCUUGCUGCUAUGAUAAGACUCAAUGUCGGGUGAAAAGCGGAUUUGACAAUGGGGAGAAAACAAGAAAUUUGUAUUUGAAGUAUACCUUGAGAUGGGUUGAUUGGGACAACACUGUUUUGCCCGCUAAAGUUUAUGUUUUCGAUGUUACAGAUUCUUGGAAAAGAUCAGUAGGAGAUAGCCAAGAACAUAAUUGCCAUGUGGAAUACGAGGUGAAACCGUGCAAAAGCAAUGGCGAUGGAUGCAUUGAUGUUAAGAAAAAUAGCUUCAUGAUGCCAUUUAGUGGGUAUAUUAUCUACGGCGUAGCUCACCAACACGUGGGUGGUAUCCGUGCUGCUCUGUACCGAGAGAACGGUGAAGGAAUAUGUACCUCGAUGCCUAAGUAUGGGAAUGGAGUUGAACCUGGAAACGAAGCUGGUUACGUUGUUGGAAUGACCUCUUGUUAUCCUGCUGAUCCAGUGAAAGUGAGCUAUGGAGAGACAUUGAGUUUGGAGGUUAAUUACAGUAGUGUCGUUGGUCAUACCGGAGUUAUGGGACUUUUUUACAUCCUCGUUGCUCAGCAGUUGCCUGAACCAGAAAGCUCCUUGCCUGCACAUGCGGAAAGCGUGAGCGUUUUAGCAUUUUUGGCUGUGACUGUGUUGGUGGCGGUAGUGGUUCUAAUAGCCGCCGUUGUAUACAGAAGACAGAACCGGGAAGAUGGUUACCAAUCUUUAAGUACAUGAAAAAAGAGUAAAACCAUGUGGACUACGAAAAUUAAAUCACAAAUAAAAGAAUAUUUUGUUGUCUUGAUGUUA